AUGGGACAAUACUUAACUGCACCAAACAAUAGUUCUAAGAGUAAAGACGAUCAGAUUGACAAGGAACUAUACCGACAUAAAUUGGAACGUCAACGUCAGCAUAUUCCAUUCAAUGUUGAAUCCUGGUAUCCGAUUUUGAAGGUCCAAACAUUCCACACUGAGUUUCUUUCGAUUUCUCCAUCGAUUGCACAAGCAUUUGUCAAUUACUAUCAAGCUCGGUACAAUUCCAAGACGAUUUUAUUUACUCAUGAACAUCGGCAUUUAAUUGAAUCGAUUGAAAAUCAACUGAAAAACAAACUGUUUCAUCGGCCAAUCAAUGAAUAUUUCAUUCGUUUAAGCUCUCGAAGUCCUAAAGAUGGUGAUUGUUUAAAUCAACAACUCUUAAAAGAUGUUUACGACCAAGAAUUGCAUCGAUUAAAAGAAAAUUAUCCGCAUGAAUACGAUGCCAUUGAAAGUCAAUCGAAUAUGCAGAUGAUUGCGUUCUGUUCCGCCCAAUUCCAAUGUUUGAAAGUGACCAAUGAACGCGAAGCGUUAAAUCUGAUUUUAUCAAGUGAAAGAGUUUUCAUCGAUCUGUCCGAUGCACUUCACUGUGAGAAACUUGACGACGAGAAGAUUCCAUGGAAUAAUCAUCUCAUUCUUCGUCAAUGGCAUAGCCAACUGAAUCAUUCUAUGGAAUUCCGGUGUUUUGUCUAUCAAUCGAAACUAACCGCCAUUUCGCAAUAUAAUCACUAUUGUAAAUUUUAUCAUUUACAAGAUCAGUUGAUUGUACAAAAGAUCAAAUCAACAAUCGAGAAAUAUUUUCAAGACAACAUCCGAAUGUUGCUUGAAAGGUGGAAUGAAAGCUAUUCGAAUUAUAUUAUCGAUGUUGGUUUGAUGGAAAAUGGAUCAACGAACGAGUUCGACUGUGUUGUUAUAGAAUUAAAUCCGUUUGAUACAGGCACUGGUGCGAGUUUGUUUAAUUGGACAAACGACGAGGAAAUAUUAACUGGGAAACAGAAUGACGUUGAAAUACGUGUGAGAGGAGAGUAUUAUCCGAAUAUUCAAGAUCUAAUCGAGUUUAUUCAUCAAGAAAAUGGUCUGAAAACGAAGAACAAUCGAACGGAUGACCAUCAACCGUACUUCCUGUUUUUGGAUAAAAUGAAAAACGAACUUUCUCAAUAG